GUCGGUCUGAAUUCCGCUUCCGGUCUCGUCUUUGGCGUCUUUGCGCAGGGUGACAUUGAGCCGUGAGGUACCUCAGGGGUGUCGUUAGGAUUCAGCACCAUGGCAGAAGACAUCAAGAGCAAAAUCAAGAACUAUAAAACGGCCCCUUUUGACAGCCGCUUCCCUAACCAGAACCAGACUAGGAACUGCUGGCAGAACUACCUGGACUUUCACCGCUGUGAGAAGGCGAUGACAGAGAAAGGGGGCGACGUGUCGGUGUGCCAGUGGUACCAGCGGGUGUAUAAGUCCCUCUGCCCUGUAUCCUGGGUCUCAGCGUGGGACGACCGCCGGGCAGAAGGCACGUUUCCUGGGAAGAUCUGAACCCGAUCCAGCUGUCUCUCCUUAUCCUCUGGUCUUCUCGGGAUGUGAGGGGAACCCGGGGACAUGAUAGUCCCCGCCCUGGGACUGUGUACCAUUACUUAACUAAUAAAACAUCACGGGAAAG